UAUGAAGCUUUUUGUGUUGUUAAAAUCUGAUUUAAUUGAACAUUAUCAAUUUCGGCAGAGGCGGAGGGCGCUCUAGACAAAGCAAGGAAACACAAAAAGAGACAACUUGAGGAUACACUUAAUCUUGUUCUCAAAAAGAGAAAGGAAUAUGAAGAAAAAGUGAAAGAAAAGGGUGAACCGCCUGUUAUGUUUAGUCACUUGGGCCCUCCUCGAAGGCGGACCUCUGCAGAGGAGGAAGAAAUGGUCAAGCAUCCAAAACCUGAAGACUCGGUCUACUAUCACCCUACUCUGAAUCCUACUGGAGCUCCUCCUCCUGGAAAACCUCCUAUGUUUAAGUCAUCGGUUGGACCUCGAAUACCGUUAUCUGCUGCUUCAUCAAGUGGUACAGCAUCAUCUUCAAUGUCAGAUGCAGAAGAUGGCAGCUUAUCGACUCUUCCUCCACCACCUCCACCACCUCCAUUGCCCCAGACUGGUGCUGCAGAUUCUGUGGAUGGGUCUGCGAUGCCUGCAUCUUUACCUUUACCUCCUCCGCCUCCUAUGCCCCCAAAGCCUGCUGUGACAGAAAUGAGUGCUUCAUUGCCACUGCCUCCUUUUCCCCCACCACCUCCUGGUCCCCCACCAAAGGAACAGGUUGCUGCUCAUCUUCCACUUCCUCCACCUCCUCCCCCUCACCUUCAGCCAUCUUCUCAACCUCUUCCUCCCGGCACUGGUGCAAGUGGAAGGAAUAAAAAUAACCCGGACAAUCCAGCUUCAGUAGAACUAAUGCAGCCUCCUCCUGCACCGGGCUUGCCACUGAAUUCUGGUGGCACAUCUGUUGAAUCUGAUGCUAAAGCUUCCACAGAGUUGAACGAUCAUGUUAAAUUGCUACCGCCACCUCCACCACCUCCAAGGCAACAGCCUGCUGUUCCUGGAGCUGCCAUGGUCCCAACUCUGCAUCCUGAUGUAUUACCUCCUGGACUUCCUCGGUUCCCUCCACCCCCACCACCGACUGACAUGCGUCCACCACCUGGAGUUGCUGGCCAGCCUGUUCCACCUGGAGUCAUGCUUUCGCUUAUGCCAAGACCACCUUUCGCACAUCCUGCUGGUCCUCCACCAAUGAUGAGGCCACCCCUUCCGCCUGGUCCCCCGCCUUUUUUACAAGAUGGUGCCAGACCACCUUUUCCGCAGAAGCCAUCAUAUGUUAAAUCAGCUGCCUCAACUGUUGUUAAGAGGCCUCUAGCUCAGCAUACACCAGAACUUACAUCGAUGGUUCCUGCUUCUGUGCGUGUGAAGAGAGAAUCUGCAGUUCCAAAACCCAAGCCAAAGUCGUCAAACACGAUUACUGUCAACCAGCCAGCAGUAGCUCCAGCUGUUGUCAAGCAUGAAUCAACUAGUGCAUCUGCACCAAAACCUCAAAGUGUUGAUGACUCGUACACAGCAUUCUUGGAGGACAUGAAAGCACUUGGUGCUCUUGAUAGCUAAUACUAGGAAGCAACAUAAUCAGUAUAGCACUCAGGAAAUAAAUGCAUUAUGAUGAUGCUACGACGUGUCAACCUUCUUAUAAGUUGAGUAAAUGUUUCAUUGUUCAUUUUCCCCUCUAACAGGCAAUAUAGUUAGCCUGAAGUAGGUAGGUAAAUUAUUGUACAAUUGAUUCUUUGAAAGACCACUAUUUGUGCUCCUACUUGGUUGCUGUUUCUCUUA